UGUUCGUCGUCUCCAGACCUGGGGCGGUUCCUGGAGUUUGUGAAGGCUCAGCGGUACGAGUUUGUGCUGGAACCUGGAAACUUGCUCUUCAACCCCGCCCUGUGGUUCCAGAACACCCUGGCGUUGUUUGGCGAGAGUGUCAACAUCUUCUGGUGCCACCUGCUUGCAGAAAGUUACAAGGACCCCUACGGUAAUAAGAACCCUGUGGCACCUGCUUGGGCCUUUCAGGCACUGGAGAGGGCAUUACACAUUCUGAAUGAACUGCCGCCGGACUAUCAGAACUUCUAUGACUGUCGCAUGGGUCAGAGCUGCGCAUACUCCUCCCUGCCAGCUAGGGUGGCACGGGCUGAGUCAGAGACUACGUUUCCCUGCAGCCCACUAGCUCAUCUGGCUGAGGAUGCUCCUCUGAAACUCAGUCCAUGUCCAGAAACAAUCUCUACCCCCUAGACACUGGUGAAUUAAUAUGUCUGACAGGAUUUAAUAGGUACGUAAGGGGUAGGCGCUAGGGUUUCUGGACACUGCCUUGGAGUACACAACCGAUACAUGAAAUUCCCACUUCUUUCCAAAUCGUAGGCUCACCUGACUGCCACAUUAGCAGCUUUAAAAUAUGAAUUUGAGACACCAUGGACCUUAGAUUAAAGAAGCCUCUAUGAAUGUGUGCAAGUGAGCCAGUUUAUCAUAAAUUCUAUUUCACCUUC